UCACUCUCUCUCUCUCUCUCAAUCUAGCUCUUUGAUCAAAGAAAAAAUACAAAAAGCGUGAAAGUACAAAAGCUUUUUAAAAAAAUAUAUAUUUUUUGUCUCCAUCGCUAACUGGUGGUGGUGGAGAAACCAGUGUGCUUCAGCCUCAGCCACCAUUUUUUCCGCCUCCCAAAUCUUUUUGCAAUGAUCUUAGCUUUCUGUUCAAGAGAUAAGGUGAUAGAAAAUAUAUAGUAGUAGUAAUUGCUUUUAUAUAUAGAGAAAGGAAGAAGAAAAGAAAGAAAAAAGAAUGAUCUAUCAUAUAUAGGACCUUUACAUUCUCGUUUGCAUAUUUUUCAGUCAUUCUUUUGAAACCCUAUUGUUUCUAGCUCAUCUUUUUCUUUCCUCUUCAGGAAUAAAAAGGUGUUUGUUUUUCUUCCCCUUUUUCAUCUGCUCUUACUUUUCUUUGGGAUCUGAUCAUUUUAUGAGGACCAUAAGGUUUUAUGAGAGUUAGAGUUAUUCAAUUCCCGAGGUGGGAAUUAGUAUAAAGAUAUAAAAACCUCUCAAACAUUGCUUCUCUUUUUGUCUGCUUCAGUGUAUUUAUUCAGAAGUUGAAAUAGAGUGGAGGCAAAAACAACCAUUUUCUACAUAUCCCUUUAUAGUGAGUUGGAUUAUAUUGAUCUGAAAUCUGAAUAGAAGAGUUGAAAGAAUCAGAUCAAGGGAAGAACAACUCUAGAGGAUCAUUAUAAAGGUCUUGAUUUGUGGAGGAAAGACAUGAAUUCCUUUACACAUGUUCCUCCGGGUUUUAGAUUCCACCCCACAGAUGAAGAAUUAGUUGAUUAUUAUCUCAGAAAAAAGAUUGCUUCAAAAAGAAUCGACCUUGAUGUUAUUAAGGAAAUUGACCUUUAUAAAAUCGAGCCAUGGGAUCUUCAAGAACUGUGCAAGAUAGGAACUGAGGAGCAGAGUGAUUGGUACUUCUUUAGUCAUAAAGACAAGAAAUAUCCAACUGGAACUCGCACAAAUAGAGCUACAAAAGCAGGAUUUUGGAAAGCUACUGGAAGAGAUAAGGCUAUUUAUCGUAAGCACAUUUUGAUUGGAAUGAGAAAAACCUUGGUAUUUUAUAAAGGCCGAGCACCAAAUGGACAAAAAUCCGAUUGGAUAAUGCAUGAGUACAGACUUGAAACAAAUGAGAAUGGCACUACUCAGGAAGAAGGUUGGGCAGUGUGUAGAGUAUUCAAGAAAAAAUUAGCAACAACAAUGAGGAGAGAAGGAGAGCACGAGUCACUAUGUUGGUAUAACGAUGACCAAGUUUCUAAUUUCAUGCCAGAUUUCGACUCUCCACGUCGUUUUCCAAAUCCAUAUUCUGCAACUGCAUACCACAAUCCUCACUUAGCUUACACCAAUAAUAUGCAGCAGCCUCCUAAUGAUGCAUUUCUCCAACUUCCUCAAUUAGAGUCACCCAAAGUACCUCAAUCUUAUGGAAGCAAUUUGAAUCAAAUGGUACUGCCCAACUCAAUUUAUAACACUAAUAACAACUAUGAUCAUCAAGCAGUGGAUCAAGUGACCGAUUGGCGAGUACUCGAUAAGUUUGUUGCAUCUCAAUUAAGUCAAGAAGAUGGCUGCAGCAAAAUGGAGACAUCUGCUGUUGCUUGCUCUAGCUCUCCAGCUUCUGAACAAAUGAAUCUGCAGCUUCAAAAUGAUUUUAAGAGUCAAGAAAUGGCUUCAGAACUUGCCUCAAGUUCCCAAGUUGAUCUCUGGAAGUAAUGUCACUCUAUAAGUAUAUGCUAAAUCAUAGAAAAUAUAUGAUGCUUGGACUUAAUAUUCUUAAUUGCCUCAGUUUCUGUACAUAAUAAAACUCAAAUUAAAUGUGAUGUAUUAAUGGUCGGCAUCCUGCUAAAAGUUUGUAUGUUCUAUACGAGGCAACCAGUAUUUAAAAGGAAAAAAAACUAAAGAGGACUUUCUAAUACGUAUAUAAAUUUGUAUUCUGAAGACAAAAGUAAGCUGUCCCUGAUCUUCUGGCAUUUCUGGGAUGUUGGAUAAUGUAUUUUCAUUAGUGCAGCACUCAUAUUGCUCUACUACGUACUUUCUUUUUUACAAAAAAGAUUAGUUUGGACCAUUCUUGAUUUGGUGUAUCAUUCUUGUACACAAGUUAUGAUAAUAGUUUUUGUAUCUUUCCAAUUUUAUCGAUGUCUCUAAAGGGGCCACAUUGUUCUACUUAUGAAAUUGAGUGAUCUCGAAAAAUCUUUGUGUGAUAUAUAUACAUGAGCCAAAGGUUUAUCGAAAAAAGCCUAUCUAUCUUCACAAGGUAGGAGUACGGUCUGAGUAAGCUCCUCAAUUGUGAGACCGCACUGUGUAUGUUGUUCUUGUUGUUGUUGGAUUGAAAGGUUAACAAUGCAUCUUUUUCCACCACAACCGCAAAAAUUUAGAUGAAAAUCUCCAGCUGAUGGAACUAAAGAAUUUGUUGGGAAAUACUAAGCUGACAAUGAGAACCUCCCGUUUAGUCUAAUCCAAAGAAGAAAUUGAUCCUGAUGACAUUUCUAAGUAAUAAUUCUAAGUCACUUUUGGUUGUAGAGGUA